GAUAGAUACAUACAUACAUACAUACAUACACAGACGUACACGUUUGGUAGAAGGACAAACAGACUAUAUAAAAAUACAAACAGUGGUGUAGAUAACACGUGUAGCUGCUCAGGUAUGUACAGUACAGGCGGGGCAGCACUUGUACAGUGAGUACAGUACAGAACAUCACGUUGUACAGUACAAGGGGCGGGAAUGUACUUUACUGCCAGACUGGGAGCGGUCUAACCAGGCACAAGAGGGAGAGAUGCAGAGAGCAAACAGGAAACAAAGAGUGAGACUCUGAGCAGACAAGAAGACAAUAUCUGACAGUUACAUGUCUAAUGCAUGUCUCACCCCCAGCCAUGGCCCCCUCCUCUACUGACAAACCCCCCGAAAGUGAGGACAACACACAGCAGCCUGAGGAGGACAAGGGAUCGUCCCCAGUGAGCAAUGAAAAGGAUUCAGGGUUCUCAGACAGCAGUUCAGACAGUUUAAGUGGUGAAGAGCAAACAACCUCCACAAUAAUAAAGUUGGAAGAAGAACAGCAGCCAGUGCCUGUUACCUACACUCCCGUCUAUAUUCUACAGAAUGUUGUACUAAAACAGCCUCAUCUCAUUGUGCUACAACCUACCCUUCGGUGUCAUCGCAAGCGCUCAUCUUCUGCCUCUUACCUCCCCAUCCUAAGGUCUUACCCUCGUAUAGCCCCUCGUCUAGCCCCAAAACCCACCCAGCCUGCCUACUCUUCUUCCUCCACUGAUACAUCUUCUCCAACAGUGCCUAUCCGCCCUCCACCUGCACUUAUAGAAGCCUCCCUACGAUCCAUAGCCCUCAUGCACAGGAGCCGAGAAACCCAACGAUCCAUUCGUGAGCUUCGUGAGCACACCAGACUGUACAACCAAGCCUUGCAUGGGGAGGAAGGUGGCUGGGAGCGGCUUCGCCGAGCUAUGGAUCGGAGUGGUGUCUACCGAGGAUUUCUGGCAACAUCUAAUGAUAAAAAGACAUCAGCAAAGGUGGAAACUUCUCUGUCUGAGAACCUAAAGACUCCAGCCCAAGAAAUCAAAUCCUUAAAAGAAGAAGCCAUGACAUCAUCUGAAGAAGAAGAUGUGGCCUCAUCAGAAAAUAAACAAUUGACUGAAGAAACUAUACCAUCAGAAAAUAACGAGAAGCCCCCUCCUUGACAUCAGGAAAGCUGGCUCCUAGUAGCACAACGAGGAUAAUAAGGGGCCUAUGGCAUUAUUUCUCAGACUGUGACAGCACUGGAUAUGUACCUUAUAUAUGAAUGAGACUCAGACCAAGUCCACUAUGUAAAUAAAUAUACAUAAAUAGUAUGUGUAUAUAUAUAUAACUUUUUUUUUUUUUUUUUUUUAAAGAGACUACAAUUUAUUUUAAUAUGGGUGCAGGCACCAGAAUGUAUCCUGGGUGUAUAUACGUGAAUGGGGUGCAGACACCAGAAUGUAUCCUGGGUGUAUAUACGUGAAUGGGGUGCCAACACCAGUAUGUAUCCUGGGCGUAUAUACGUGAAUGUAUUGUCCUAUGGACUUAUCUUCAUGCUCAACAAACAAGCUCACGUAAACCCAUUUGCUGCUCCUCAUACUGCAUUGUUCUGCCAGGAACAUGUCUGCCAAUCUAUAACAAAUCAUAUGUUUCUUCUCUCCAGCUCAGUUAUUCUGUAAUUGUAUCAACAAAUGGACCACAAACUCCUCACAUCAGACAACAGCCAGUGUUCUCAUGGUCAUCUACUGAGGAACCAAACCAACACCCAUGACCCCUACAUCUUAUAGACCCUCAGAACUAUAUCGUAUAAGCUUCUAGGCUUCAUCAGUUCGUCUCAUUCAUUAAUCACACAAUCCCACCACCCUACCAGGAAUAUCUUGUGAACUCUCACACCGCACUGCUGCAAUACCCAAUAACCCAACCUUGCCUUUUUUUUAUCUGAUUAAAAGGGACAAUGAACUGCUGGAAUGAUUACAGUAGCCUCGUUACAACUUGUUAUGUUAUUGUGCUCUUCAGAUCUUAUUUUUAUACCUUACAGGAGCCGGUUGGUGAGGGUCUGUAUUUUCAUACAGAAGUGGUGGCCAUUUAUAGACUAGUGACAAUGGCAGGUGUUUGACAGCUGCCUAUCAGGUUAGCGCACGAUACUGAGCAUGAGCGUUACAUCUCAGCAGUGGCUGCAUUGCGCUAUACUAUUCAUUAAGCUUUUUUAUAUAUAUAUAUAUAUAUAUGUUAUGUAACUUUUAAUCUGUUUAGAAAAAAAUGUAACCCUCCUGCUCCGUAUUUUGCAUGCAAACCUAAAGCGCACAAUAGAGCUGUGAAAACGACGUCACCAUCACUGAUCUGUGAAUGUUCACCACAGAGUGCAAAAAUACCUCCUCUGCAAGAUGGCAGUGCCCAGAAUGGGAAUGUUCAGUGUCACCAAACAGCACCCGUAGAGGGUUAAAUAAGGGAGAGGAAAAUAAUAUCAUGGUGACUGGUAGCCUUGUCUGUUGUAAUUGUGUCCAGGAGUAUGUCCAUUUAUGGAACAUAAAUCUGUAAUAAAAAUGUUACAAUAUAA